UGUUUUCAUAUGAUAUGCGAGGGCACAACGGCGAGAGUACAGUCCACUGUGGCGAGGGCAGGCGCUGUCCGACGUUUGCAACUUGGAUCUGCAGUUGCGCGAUCGCGCGCCUCAACUCUCAACGCUCGAAGACGAAGCGCGUCGUACCAUUUUUUGUUUAUUUUUUUUUUUCGGGCAGUAAAUGAGAGACGAAUACUCGAGCUUCGUUAUACGCUGUUUUCCGUACCACAUCCCAUUCAAUUCAUGCCGCGGUGUCACACAGUGUACUGCUGAUCCCGACUAAACGAUCACGAAUGUUAGAUCCGGAUCAGGUCCGAUAGCGACCAGAUGUGACCGCGCAACACCGGUAUCACGCACGGUGCAUUUUCGAUCACGAUCGCGCCUAAUCGGGAUGGAGUUUCUUGAUCACGAUUGGCAAGCCAAUCCGAUGCCCCACGGUGGGUUGCGCCAGGUUACUAAGGGUCAACCAACCAACCAAUCGCAGAAUAUCUGGAUCGGGCUUGAACACGACCGAAAGUGCGUGACACGCGAAUGCUCGAACGCACUAUGAAUGAACUGUUGGGUCAGUCGAAUUUUUUUCAACCUCGUAGUGAUUUUAUUUGGCCGCGAUUCGGCACAGUGCGCAAGCAGCUGAUGCAGACGACGACUACGAUUCGAAACCUGCGCGAACCAGGCGCGUGGCGCGAGCUCGGGUUCCAAUCUGAUCCGCGCGACGGCCGAACGCCAGCGUGCCGUGCUCUUACUUGCCAGGCGAAAAAGAAGCAGCGCCCCGCCGCCGGAGUUCCUUCGAAGCGCGGUUCACUAGCACGUACUGGCCAAGGCAUCCCUCUCAGAGCCGUCGCGCGAUUAUCGUCCGUGUUUUCCCGGUCGUAGUAUUUAGUAUAUAGAAAACGCCGCGACUGCCGUGAUUGUGGUCCCGGUCUACCUGCAGCGACAGCACACGACAGUACCCCCUUUCGCCACGCGCUAGCACAGCGAACCCCUUUCUCCCUUGUCGAGAUCGCAACGAUGGCCAGUUACGAGAUCGUUCUGUUCCUGCUGGCGCUCCUGAUCGGCCUGGUGCUGCGGCGAGCCGCUCCGGUGCCAGAAAUCGGCGUCAUCGAGCAGCUCGAGCGCAAGCUCAACAGCCUGGAGAACCAGAAGCGCAAGCUCAAGCGACAGCUGGCCGACUUCAGGGCGCGGGCGAGCAAGAGCGAGACUAGGCUGCUCGAGGACACGUCGGCGACGCGCGAGGGACAGGCGCAGAUGUACGUAGAUCUUGACAAACAUCGUUCUGACCUUGAGGACGCAUCCCACGAGCUGGAAGUACGUGCACACAAUCAUGAAGAGGCGGUGAGGCUUCUCCACUUUUGUCGCUCCACAAUACUGGAGAACCUUUCCAGUGCCAUUGAACUUGCCGAGAGGCGCAAUGCUGCAGUGUCGAAGCUGUACUUUGAGGUAUUUGGGGAGACCAACGGCAAUGUUCAGCUGCUCAGUGAGCUCACUGAUCCCUGGAGGCGAUGGGCUGAACUGCUGGCCGUGCAGCGGGACCGUGCAGACCGUGUCUUCACCCACUGCCUCGAGAGGGCAACCCGCCACAAGAAAAUAGAAGUUGAAGACCUGCCGCCUUCUGCAGGCGUUCAGCUCUCAUGGCAGGAACCAGACUACGGCUUUGACCGCAUCCUGGACUUGGUGCGGCUGCGGCUAUCCUCCCCCAUCUCGCGGUCGGAGAGUGUGGCGGACUUCGAGUACCUGCGCUGUGCCAGCAACCUGUCUCCGGCGAGUACCCUCUGUGGUGGUGGCAGUGGUAAUGGCGGUGGAGGUGGCAGCUCUGUGAGCAACACCAACUGCUUCGGCACGGUGCGCAAGUCUGGUUACCUGCGCCUCGCACGCACGCUGCACAAGCGCAUGCCAGAUGUGCCCGAGGAGAGGCUGGUGGCCUGCCUGGAGACACUGCGCUCGCAGAAUGGGGGCCUCACAGGGCUCCGCAUCAGCGAGAUCCGCGAGGAAGUGUCGCGCCUCAUCCAGGAGUGGCCUUCUUCGGCGGUGCGGUGAUGCAGCCCCACCUCCUCCCCGCUCAUCUCACUCACAUCCCUCAUCCUCAUCAUCAGGU